CGCGAGGCUGUGAGCAGCCACAGUGCCCUGCUCAGAAGCCCCAAGCUCGUCAGUCAAGCCGCUUCUCCGUUUGCACUCAGGAGCACGGGCAGGCGAGUGGCCCCUAGUUCUGGGAGCAGAGCAGCAGCGUCCCAGUCCUGGUUCCCAGCCUAAAGCCUCACUUGCCUGCCCAGUGCCAGGAUGGCCACCAUCACCUGCACCCGAUUCACAGAAGAGUACCAGCUCUUUGAGGAACUAGGAAAGGGAGCUUUCUCCGUGGUGCGCAGGUGUGUGAAGGUGCUGGCUGGCCAGGAGUAUGCUGCCAAGAUCAUCAACACCAAGAAGCUCUCAGCCCGAGAUCAUCAGAAGCUGGAGCGUGAGGCCCGCAUCUGCCGCUUGUUGAAGCACCCCAAUAUCGUCCGGCUCCAUGACAGCAUCUCUGAGGAGGGACAUCACUACCUUAUCUUCGAUCUGGUCACUGGUGGGGAGCUGUUUGAAGACAUCGUGGCCCGGGAAUAUUACAGCGAGGCCGAUGCCAGUCACUGCAUCCAGCAGAUCCUGGAGGCUGUGCUGCAUUGUCACCAGAUGGGAGUGGUGCACCGAGACUUGAAGCCUGAGAACCUGUUGCUGGCCUCGAAGCUCAAGGGUGCUGCAGUGAAGCUGGCAGACUUCGGCCUGGCCAUAGAGGUUGAGGGGGAGCAGCAGGCAUGGUUUGGGUUCGCAGGGACACCUGGAUACCUCUCCCCAGAAGUGCUGCGGAAGGACCCGUACGGGAAGCCCGUGGACCUGUGGGCCUGCGGUAAGUCCAUCCAAAGGCCUGAUUGUCACCCGGACCCAGAGAUCCCUCUCCACUUCCCCUCACUCUCCUGUCUCACCACCCCUAUCCUGCUUCUCUCCCCAGGGGUCAUCCUGUACAUCUUGCUGGUUGGGUACCCCCCAUUCUGGGACGAGGACCAGCACCGCCUGUACCAGCAGAUCAAGGCUGGCGCCUAUGAUUUCCCAUCGCCAGAAUGGGACACCGUCACCCCCGAAGCCAAGGAUCUCAUCAAUAAGAUGCUGACCAUCAACCCGUCCAAACGCAUCACAGCCGCUGAGGCUCUCAAGCACCCCUGGAUCUCGCACCGCUCCACUGUGGCCUCCUGCAUGCACAGACAGGAGACCGUGGACUGCCUGAAGAAGUUCAAUGCCAGAAGGAAACUGAAGGGAGCCAUCCUCACCACUAUGCUGGCCACCAGGAACUUCUCCGGAGGGAAGAGCGGAGGAAACAAGAAGAACGAUGGUGUGAAGAAAAGAAAGUCCAGUUCCAGCGUUCAGUUAAUGGAGUCUUCCGAAAGCACCAAUACCACCAUCGAGGAUGAAGACACCAAAGUGCGCAAGCAGGAAAUUAUAAAAGUGACAGAACAGCUGAUUGAAGCCAUAAGCAAUGGAGAUUUUGAGUCCUACACGAAAAUGUGUGAUCCCGGAAUGACAGCCUUUGAACCUGAGGCCCUGGGGAACCUGGUCGAGGGCCUGGACUUUCAUCGAUUCUAUUUUGAAAACCUGUGGUCCCGGAACAGCAAACCCGUGCACACCACCAUCCUGAACCCCCACAUCCACCUGAUGGGCGACGAGUCAGCGUGCAUCGCCUACAUCCGCAUCACGCAGUACCUGGAUGCGGGUGGCAUCCCCCGCACAGCCCAGUCAGAGGAGACCCGUGUCUGGCACCGCAGGGAUGGCAAAUGGCAGAUUGUCCACUUCCACAGAUCGGGGGCACCCUCCGUCCUGCCCCAUUGAAGGACCAGGCCGGGGUCCCUGCGUUGUCGCACCGCAGAGAUCCACUCUUUGUCCGUGGAAUGUGGCUGCUGGCUCUCUCUUGGAUUUUGUUGGAAUUCUCCCUGUCCCAGCGCCCCCUGCCAUUGUCACCUCUGUACCGGCAUCACGAAAAAACGCCAUCGCAACAUCAAAGCAAAUGGCCCGCUCUUCCCAGCUCUCACCCGCACCCUCUUCCUGUCAGUGGGGACCUUCUUCAGGCUUCGGUACCCAGGAUGCAGGCCCCAGGAACCCCCACUCCCCAACUGCUGUUGUUGGCCUGACCUAGCUUUGACUGUAGGUGAGGAGGCCCCAGCUGUGUGUUUACCAGGAAGCCAGGAAGAGGAGGGCAAGUGUGACAAGGGUUCCCCUCUUCGAUCUCUCCUCUUCUGGGGUCCCCAGGGAAGCAGAGAUGAGCCCUUUCAAUCUCCAAGCCAACUGUUUCUGGGAGAGAGUAAGAGAGGAGCCUCUGCCAGGAGCUCCUGCCUUCAACUGCCGCUCUCAUCUGCUUCCCUCCUGUGCUGGCCCUGUGCUCAUCAGACCGUCCACUAUGGGGAAGGGGGUGGGCUCUACCCUUCAGGCACCCCACUCGCUGCCUCAGUCCUUCUGCAAAGUUUGCCUCCAGUGUUAACCUGCCCAAUCUGCCCUCCAACGUCCAUGGAGAAUUCCAGCCUCUUCCGUCUGAGAGGAGAUCGGAUGGUGUUUCAGGGGCAAAGCAAACAACACUUAGGUAUCAUCUUCUACUCGGACGCAUGCCUUUUUACAGCCAAACUUCUGUGUAUUUCGUAACUGGACUUUGCGUUAACGGAUAUGUAUGUGUAACUAGACCUCAAGAAGAGUUGGAUCGGGUCGGGAAGUGGGAAGAGGGGUGAGGGGAAUUUUUCACUCCGUUCCAGGUUUUUUUUUGGGGGGGGUCCUUUCUGAGGUGGCCUCACCCCCCCAGGGAGCACAGCUGCCUUCCAUUCUGGUCCCCACGGUCAGCUGACAGGCUUUCUUCCAGGGCCAGCAUGACUAAUAUACAAUGAGUAAGUCAGGGCCGGCGAGGCCACCAGGAUGAGAAGCUCCAGAUUUGACAUCUCUGUGACUGGAGUCCUCACUACUGGACUUCCCAAGACUUCUUUCCCUAUAGCUUUGUGCCACCGCCCCAUCCCACCCCCCACUACCUCCUGAGCACGUAUCCUCAUUGCUUCUCUUAACUUGGACAAAACAGAGCACCAGAAACUUAUUUUCCUACUUCAUGCUGAACUUGGGCUGGUGAGCACUCUAGUGCGCUUGCCUGCCUGCCCCCCUCCUGCCCUCCCCACCCUCCCUCUUCUUUCUCCCUCCCUUUCUCUUUCUCUUCCCCUCUCUCCCUCUUCUUGGCUCUGAUCUGGAAUGCUGUGUCUCAUCCACGGGGAUCGCCUGUCUGCACUGUUUUCUUUGCAUGACUUUAUAUGCAGUAAGUAUGUUGAAAAAAAAAACAAAAAAAGAAGAAAACACUCAGCAAAAAUCAAACGACAUGUUUUGGACAAAAUAAUAAUACUAAUAACAUUCAAGGUUGUAUUCUCAGUGUCCAACUUGGGAUUACGUUGCUGCCUCUCUGUGCUUUUGGUCUCUGUGUGGCUGUGUUUUGCCAGCAUGAGACACUGUGCCCUCUGGAGGAUCCUAGGGGAGGAAGAGCCAUGUGCCCAGGGGUUUGGAGACGACACUGAUUCUCUCGGCUUCUCUGAGGGUUGGUUGGAGCAAAAGUGGAAGGGAUGUUUAAUCCAGAACUUUCUGGUGUUCCCCCUUCCCCCGUGUAAUGAGCUAUGUGCUGGGCUCUUCUCUCAAGUCCUGCUGCCCAGGGACAAGUGCAGGGCAGGAGAGUGGCUCUAUUGUGUAAGCCACCCCAUGGUGGUCCUCUACCCUUGGUGGAGACACUACUGCCUAGGCCCAAGGAUGGGCCCUGGCCCUGCCCCAGAACCAGGCUUCCUUAGAAGGCCCAGUGAACCCAUUGUUCCUAGCCAUCCUCAGGCAAAGGUAAAGGAGGGUGUGGCCUUUACCAGGAGAUGCUGUAAUUACCAAUCAAGAUCAAAUCCCUUAUUCAAGCCUCAGUUUCUCCAUCAGUGUUCCUACCCAGAAUGAUAGAGGGUCAAACAAGACAGUGACAUGUCUACGCCACCCCACUUAUGAGAACCUGUUGGGUUUGUCACUGGCUGGCUUUCUUAUGUGCCAAGCCUGGCCAGUCCCUAUCCUUUUCCCUGCCUGCCCCUCAUUUUCCUCUUUGGUGCCUGUCUGUUGCUUGCCAGCAAUGGACUGCAGGGAAAAGAAGUGUUUGGGGACUUUGGUGUCUUUUAUUCCAGGCUCUGAUUAGACCUGCUUUGGGUGAGCCCUUGCCCCUCGUGGGGCCUCAGUUUCCCCAACCAGAAGACGCCUAUGCCCUGCCUUCUGUUGGCUAACAUGCCCCAUGCCCACUGUGCCUCUCCACAUGUGGAAGAAAUGGAGGCAGAUCCCUACCCCAGUCUGAGAUGGCCCGCUCUGCGGAGGCCGCUCCUGUGGGUGGGCAGCCAACUAGUAUAGACCUUGGGACACUACAGUGGCCCCAAGGUGGCAGGAGAACUGGCAGAAAAAAACUGCCCAGAGCCCACUCUCACCAGACAAGCUCCAUGCUCCUCCCAAAUACCCUCUAGAAGAAAAAAGAAAGUAAGAAAGAAAGAAAGAAAGAAAG